AUGGCGGUUUCGCCUUUGAUCCCUUACGCUUUGUCAGUUGCAGCUCCAAGCUCGAAUGAAGCCAGUAAGUUGGAGAAGGCGCCUGCCGUCGACUCACCCAAUAAGCAGAGGGGCGCAUUGUCGCCUCGACCGAUGACGAUCCCUGACCGUGAGAUCACGGAACAACUAAACGAGGAUGUGAGGCACAAGUAUAUUAAAGACAAAAAAUUGGGUGAGGGUACUUAUGCUGUAGUAUUUCUCGGGCACCUCCGCACGGAUCCGUCCUCAUUCGUUGCCAUAAAGAAGAUUAAAGUCAACGCCGAAUACAAAGAUGGGCUUUCAAUGGACGCGAUUCGGGAAGUAAAAUACCUGCAAGAGCUUUCUCAUCCCAACAUAAUUGCACUCCACGAUGUUUUCUCAUCCAAGGAUCAGAAUCUCAAUCUGGUCCUAGAAUAUUUGCCGCGUGGUGAUCUCGAGAUGCUCAUUAGGGACAGCAACAUCCACUACGGUGCUGCUGAUGUCAAAUCGUGGAUGGGCAUGCUUGCCAGAGGUAUUUGGUUUUGUCACGAGAAUUUCAUCUUGCACCGAGACAUCAAGCCCAACAACCUUCUUGUCGCAGCCGAUGGGGAGGUUAAACUGGCGGAUUUUGGUUUGGCCAGGUCGUUCGCUGACCCAUAUUUGAACAUGACACACCAGGUUAUUACACGCUGGUAUCGACCCCCGGAGCUACUAUUCGGUGCGCGACAAUACUCUGGAGCCGUCGACGUUUGGUCUAUGGGCAUGGUCUUCGCCGAACUUCUUCUACGGGUUCCAUUCAUCGCAGGGAAUUCCGAUCUAGAUCAAAUCUCCAAGAUUUGCGAAGCUUUCGGGACACCAACUGAGGACAACUGGCCAGGAGUAACCCGCGGUGCCGGGGAUGCGAAAUCUGUUUUGACUAUGGAAGCGCGAGAUACAGAAGCAUCACCUUCACAAAGCAGAAGCUCAUCUGCACAGGGGUCUUACUCAACGAGUGCGACUACUUUUGAGGAUGCCGAUGAAGGCCAGGGUGUCCCGAAGUCAACAUCCAAGCUGAAAGAGACAAAAGGAAAUGUCAUUGUGAGCGUCCGAGUGCGUCCUGACGCGAAUGGGGGCGAAAUUACGAAGACUACUGAAUGGAUGGUAGAUGGAAGACAAGGCGUCAUCUCCUACAACGGAAGGGAGAGCGGUGAUUAUUCGUAUGAUAACGUGUUCCCUCCUCAUGAACACAAUGCCAAGGUCUACGAUGCUGCAGCAAAACGCCUAGUGAGGCGAGUAAUGGAAGGAUACCAUGGUACAGUCUUCGCGUACGGCAUGACUGGUACCGGCAAGACCUUUUCUAUGCAAGGGACUGCAACCUCCCCCGGAGUGAUACCAUUGGCAAUAACGGAUAUAUUCUCCUUUAUCAGGGAAACGCCACAUCGAGAAUUUUUACUACGUGUCAGCUAUCUCGAAAUAUAUAAUGAAAAGAUCCACGACCUGCUGUCAGCCUCGGUUUCUGGUGGGCCCACUUCCCCUCAACAGGAGGAAAUCAAGUUGCGCGAAGACAGCAAACGAGGUGUAUAUGCAACGCCUUUGAAAGAAGAAAUCGUCCAAAGCCCGACACAGCUUCUCCGGGUGAUAGCGAGAGGCGACCACGCUAGAAGGACCGGCAGCACGCAGUUCAACUCUCGUAGCUCUCGAAGUCACGCAGUUGUCCAAAUUGUUGUCGAGAGUAGGGAACGGGUGCCCGCCGGAGCUUCUCAGGACAGAAGAUCAGGCUUGGUUCCAGGCGGAGUUCGAGUAUCAACGCUUAGUCUGAUAGACCUUGCUGGGUCAGAACGCGCCGCAGACGACAAGGAGCGGCGUACUGAAGGCGCUCAUAUAAAUAAGAGCCUACUCACUUUGGGUACUAUAAUCUCCAAGCUCUCGGAAGCUAGAGAUAGGGCCAGCAAUCCGACCGACAGAGAAGGGAAGCAUCUGCCAUAUCGGGAUAGCAAACUCACGAGAUUGCUACAACCGGCCUUGUCGGGGAACUCACUUGUCAGUAUACUUUGUACGGUUCAGCUAGGGGGGACAGCCAAGUCGCAUUCCGGCGAAACCCUCAACACCUUGAAAUUUGCGGCUCGUGCCAAGAAUAGCAUUGUCAGUCAUGCUAAACGAGCGGAAGAAGCAUUUGGUAGCGGUGGGGGUGAUGCAGGAAGCCGGGUUCUCCUGGAACGCUACCGUAUGGAGAUCCAGACACUCCGUAAUCAGUUAGAAAGUCAGACCAAGGCCCAGGCUGAGAAGGAGCUGAGGCUGGAGGAACAACAACUUGAACAAGAAGCACAGAUACGCCAUGAGGAGCAAAUGCUCGAAAUGCAACUUGCUCGAACAGCCCUGAAAGAGAGAAUCGAACAUCUAAAUCGCCUGAUUUUGUGUUCAAAGUCUACUGGCGUCAAUACCCAGGGAAACCUAUCCGCUCUUGGCCGUCUCUCUAGGAUGUCUACUGGAUCUCGAUCUUUGCGAUCUUCACUCAGCCAAUCUACUUUAGGCGCAUACGGACACUCGUCAUUGCGACCGAUCUCCUUUCUCUCUGUCAACAGUAAUGAACCUUCUGGGAAUCAACACUUUUCUAGUGGGCAUCUUGGGCACGAAGAGGAGGAUUUUAUUGGCGAGUUCGCAGAUGGGAAGGCAAGCGCUCAGAGACAGAUUGCCGCUUUACAGGCUGACCUUAACGAUAAAAAUCGCUAUAUCUCUACCCUGGAGAGACGGCUCUUACAAGCGCGACGCUCGAGUCAUUCCCGCAUGUCCAUAGGUAUGAAAACCGGAGGUGGCACUCCUGAUGCCCCCGAUGGUUUAGCUUUACUACGGGAGAAGGACUUGGAGAUCAAUGAACUUCGCCUACAGCUGGAUGACAAAGACCGGAUGCUCGCUGCUCUCCGCUCUGCUGCUCGACAUCGAGAUCUAGCCCAUUCAGCAGCUGACGCAUUCGUCCUCGACACAAAAGAUAAGCAUGGGCGUCAGGAGCAUCGUCCUGGUGGCGAUGACUCGCCGGCUUACGACUCAGCUGUUUGUCUAUCUUCGCCAAUCAAUGAUGAAGACCCGGCAGAGAAAAAAAGAAGCAUGGACGACGUGUCGCGUAUUCUAGAUGAAAUGAUUCAGGACCGCGUUGAAAGUGGCCAAUUAAUCCAGGGCUCUCAUGGAAGUGUUCGUGUUGCCGCAGAAAGUCGGCGUACAUCUGAAUCAAUAGCCGGUCUGCCAGGCUUGAGCAUGAGUGCUACAGAUUUGGAGGGUUCUGGCUAA